AUGGUUCAAUCACAGACCUGGUUUCACAAGCCGGAGAACGCUCUCAAGCGAGCAAAUGAGCUGAUCGCGAUCAACAACAAGCCGGCGGCCCUGGAACUGUUGCACAGCGUCUUCACCACAAGGCGCUACAAAACAUGGCAGACCGCGUACGAGACGAUCAUGCUCAAGUACAUGGACCUCUGCGUGCAGCUGCAGCAGCACCGCCAGGCGAAGGACGGGCUGCACCAGUACCGCAACAUGGCUCAGCAGCAGGCGCCGGGAUCACUCGAGGUGAUCAUCAACUACCUCGUGGACCAGGCAGAGAAGAAGGCCACCAACAGCAGGAAGAAGGCCGACCAGAUGUCGCUGGUGGAGGCCGCCAAGGUAGGCGACCUGGAAGCCGAGGCCACCCCCGAAUCGAUCAUGCUCUCGACGAUGACGGAGGAGGGCGAGAAGGAGAGGGCCGACCGGGAGAUGGUGGUUCCGUGGCUCAAGUUCCUCUGGGAGACGUACCGGGCCGUGCUUGACAUCCUCAAGACCAACACCAAGCUCGAGCACGUCUACCAUGCCACGUGCAUCAAGGCCUUCAACUUCUGCCGGACGUACGAGAGGACGACUGAGCUGCGACGUCUGUGCGACACGCUCCGGCAGCACAUCUCCAACCUGCAGAAGCACUCCGCGGCCCAGACGACGAACAGGCUUCGGGGGUGGGAGGGGUGGACCAGCGACGGCAUUGAGCUGCACCUGCAGACCCGCUUCGCCCAGCUAGAGGUGGCCGCGGGACUAGAGCUGUGGACUGAAGGCUUCCGCACGGUGGAGGACAUCUACAACAUCAUGCAGAUCGGGAAGAAGACUCCCAAGGCCCGCCUCAUGGCCAGCUACUACGAGAAGCUCACCCGCAUAUUCUGGGUGAGCGAGAACUACCUCUUCCACGCCUACGCCUGGUACAAGUUCUUCUCGCUCGGAAGCGAGUACAACAAGACGCUUACUUCGGAGGCUAAGGUCACACAGGCGAACUGCGUACUUCUCGCCGCCAUCUCCAUCCCGCAGAUCAGGUCGGAGUCGGCCAACCAGCUGUUCGACGAAGAUGACCUGUCCAAGCAGAAGAAUCAGCGCAUGGCCACGCUCCUCGGAUUCAGCACCGACCCUUCCCGUGAGGCCCUGAUGGACGAGCUCGUCAAGAAGGGAAUCCUGGCUCAGGUGUCCCCCGACGUCCUGGCGCUGUACAACAUCAUCGAGACCAACUUCCGGCCUAUGAGCAUCGUGAAGGACGCCAUGCCGCACCUCGAGACCCUCACCAAGGCCGGUGGCGACGUCGCCAGCUACGUGCCGUCCCUCGAGCGCAUUGUCGUGCUCCGGCUGCUGGCCCAGCUGUCGUCCGUCUACCACACCGUUACCCUUGAGAGGCUGCAGACGUACUUGACAGGCGUCCGUCUUUCUUUCCAAGAGGUGGAGAAACUCAUCGUGCGGGCGGUGAAGCAGAGGCAGGUCAAGGUCACCGUCGACCACAAGGCUCGUUGCUUGAGGUUCGGGGGAGAGGUGAUGGAGAGCGACUCCAUGCGCACCCAGCUCAGCACGCUGGCGACCCAGCUGCAGAAGGCUGUCAACCUUGUCAAGCCCGCGGAGCAGACGACCCAGCAGCAGAGGGCGGGCUUCUUCAGCCAAGUGGUAAGCGACAUGCCCCGGGAGCACAGCGACGCGUUGAACCGCAAGAACAUCAUCGAGAAGCGCAAGGAGGAGACCGAGCGUCGCGAGCAGGACAAGACCAGGGAAGAGGCCAGGGUCCGUCAAGAAGAGGACUUGAAGCGGAAGGCGGAGGAGGCUGCUCGACUGGCCCGGGAGGCCAAGCUUCGCGAGAAGGAGAAGAUCCAACGGAUCGAGCGCGAGUUGGAGCUGCAGCAGACGAAGGAGAUGCUGGUAAGGCUCGGCAAGAAGGCGGACAACGUCGAGAAGCUCGACAAGUCUGGCAGAGAGGAGCUUAUCCGGAAGACGAAGGACUCCGUGGUGAAGGAGAAGGAGGACGAGGACGCUCGCCUCAAGUCUCAGGCCAAGCGCCUCGACUACAUCACCAGGGCCCUCCGUAUCGAGGAGCUGCCGGUGCUCCGCAAGAAGUACGAAGCGCAGGUCGCUGCCGACAAGCUGGAGCACGACAAGCGCUGGAAGGCACACUUGGAGAGCCACAAGAAGGCGAGUCGAGUCAGUCGUUUGAAGGAUCGGCGCCUGCAACCACCGAACCGGCGUGGGAGAAGGACAUGGUGGACCAAGAAGGCGGUGUCGAACAUGUACGAAGACGCCGAAGUGUUCCAGUCCAACAUCCUGGAGUCGAGGCAGGCCGAGCACGCUGCAGAGGUCAUCGCAGCCGAAGAACGCGCUAGGGCCUUCCAGAAGCAGAAGAAGGUCCAACGUGCUCUCUCUCGCAUGCGCAAGGCCGAGGAAGAGGCCGAGCGUGCCAGGGAGGAAGAGGAGCGCCAAGAACGCGAAGCGGAAGAAUCCUCUCGCAGGGAAGCUCUGGAGGCUGAACGUCAGGCCGCUCAAGAGAAGGCCGAGGCUAACAGGGCGGCGGAGAAGCAAGCGCGCGAUGAGGAGCGUGCCUCCCGCGGCCUCGGCCCCGAGGAAGCGGACCAGCAGGGUGGCGGCGGCGGUAACGACUACCGCGACAGCAAUGGUUACGACGACCGCUCCUCGGGAGGCUGGCGCACCGCCGGUGCCCCCCGCGGGGGCGGCGGCGGAGGCGGUGAUGACAGGUACGGCGGGGGCGGCGGGGGAGCGAGCCGUGGCGGGAUGAACAACGAAGGCCGUUUCCAGGCUCCCCGUGGCGGGGGCGGUGGUGACCGGGGGCAGGCGGGCGCCGGCGACAUGGGCCGGGAGCGCAACUUCGAGGGAGGGUGGCGUCGCGCGGGGGGCGGCGGUUCCAGCAGCGGGGGCGGUGGUAGUGGCCGCUUCAGCGACAGGAGCAGCGGCGGCGGUGGGGGCUACGGCGGUGACCGGUUCGGUGGCGGCGGCGGCGGCGGUGGCGGUGGCGGUGGCGGUGGCGGCAUGGACAGAGAUAGCGGAGGGGGCGGCGGGUGGCGUAGCAGGAGCAGCGGCGGCGGAGGCGGGUUCGAACGCCGCGAUGGCGGCGGCGGAGGGGGAGGAGGGUACGAAAGGCGUGAUGGCGGCGGAGGGGGAGGAGGGUACGAAAGGCGUGAUGGCGGCGGAGGGGGAGGGUUUGAUCGUCGCGAUGACCGCAGGGGGGGAGGAGGAGGGUUCGAUCGACGCGAUGGCGGCGGGGGAGGGUUUGGCGGCAGCCGGGACGGCGGCGGGGACCGCCCGCCAAUGGGGCAGAGGCCGAUUCGUGGCCAGGGCCGCAGCCUGAAGGACCUUGAACGCUCUUCUUAA